ACCCCGAAGUGGGACUCGAUCUCAGGACCCCAGCAUCCCAGGACCCCCAGGAUCAUGACCUGAGCCCAAGGAAGCUGCUCAAUCCCUGAGCCACCCAGGUGCCCCUGGCUGCUGCUGCCGAUUUAACCAGUCAACAUCCUCAGGACACCAGGGGGACCGCGUUGCAAGGAGGGCAAUGACCAAGUCACAGACACCACAGCCCUCCUCCCUCGCCAGGCCUCCCGUUCUCAUCUGUACCAUCAAGCAUUGGACAGAAUCCUUGCAGGGGCACUUUGAGGCUCUUAUGCCUGUGAUGGAAGAGACAGGGAGGUACAAAACAGGCCAGAAAAGAGAUGGAAGAAGUCUCACUUCCCCUGCCCCAGGGACCUGCCCUUCUUGCACAGGCAAAUAACUGUGGCAGCCGCUUCCUUCUGCCAAUGCAGGGGCUCUCACGAUGCUGCCUCUUUCAUAAUUCAUGUACGAGCCUAGAAGAGAAAUUAAGAGACUCAUCAGGUCCUGAGCUGCUGUUGAUUAUUUUGCAGAAGACCGUGAAGCAUCCUCUGUGUGUGAAGCAUCCGCCGUCAGUGAAAUAUGCCCGGUGCUUUCUCUCGGAGCUCAUCAGAAAGCACGAGGCUGUCCACACGGAGCCUUUGGACGAACUGUACGAAGCAUUGGCAGAGGUCCUGAUGCCCAAGGAGCCCACCCAGUGCCACCGGAGCUAUCUGUUGCCUUCUGGAGACUCGGUCACGCUCUCUGAGAGCACAGCCAUCAUUUCCCACGGCACCACCGGCCUGGUCACAUGGGACGCUGCGCUGUACCUCGCAGAAUGGGCCAUACAGAACCCAGCCGCAUUUGCUCACAGGACUGUCUUAGAGCUCGGCAGUGGGGCUGGCCUCACGGGCCUGGCCAUUUGCAAGACAUGCUGUCCCAGCGCCUACGUCUUCAGCGACUAUCACAGCUGUGUCCUUGAGCAACUCCGAGGAAACGUCCUUCUCAAUGGCCUCUCAUUGGAGCCAGAUGCCACUGCCCCUGCACAGCACCCAGGACACAACACCUACGACUCAGAGAGCCCCAAGGUGACAGUGGCCCAGCUGGACUGGGACGUCGUGACAGCCCCUCAGCUCGCUGCCUUCCAGCCAGAUGUAAUCAUAGCAGCAGAUGUGCUGUAUUGCCCAGAAACCGUCCUCUCCCUGGUCAGAGUCCUGCAGAGGCUCUCUGCUUGCCUGAAGGGCCAGCAGGCUCCGGAUGCCUACGUUGCCUUCACUGUCCGCAACCCGCAGACCUACCAGCUGUUCACUAGCGAGCUGGAAAGUUUGCUGUCUGUCCCUGGUCUCAGUUGCCAAGACUGAUGAUGCCCCCUCCCUGCACCAAGCCCACAGAGACCCAGCCCAAGACCACCACUGCCCAUCUCGGCUUCCACCCAGACCCAGCACAGGCCUGCCUGGCCGCAGGAGCGAAGAAUCAGGGGGUGUAGCUCAGUACCCUGGCGUGGGGCAGACGUGACUACCUGCAGCUGCCCUGCCAGCUCCUCAGCAUCCUCAAAGACCAGGCCGUUUUCCUCGUGUUUCACAAGCUCCUGCAAGCUGCAGAGAGAACCACAGACUUGAGAACUGCCUUGAAAAGCCCUGUGGUGCCAGCUGUACUCCCACUCCACCCCUCCCACAGUGUAAGCCUGGGGUCAGGAACAGUCCAUCUGCUCUCAGUGAGUCUGUUCUGAGAUUUGCCAUCUGAAUAGAAAAAAGGCCUGGAGGAGCAGAUACACAUUAAAGAUCCAAACUGAUUCCGAGAAGGAGGCACAGUAAGCACACACUGACCUUCCCUGCUGCGCACUCUCUUCCGGGAGAACGUGCUCAGUUGCACAGCAGAGAAACAAGGGAGAAGGCAACCCCACUGGAGGUAGACCUGACACAUUACGAGUGACUUUUCCAGGUCACCAGGGAGUGAAUCCCACAUGCCCAGAGCUCAGGGUCUAACACCCUGUAUUUUCCAUUCAGAGGCUGGCUACUGAGCCAGUGGUGGGGCUACUGUUUCUAGAACCUAUCCUAACACCCCCCUCUCCAAACACUCAUCUUUGCCAGGAAGAGUGGAAACAGAGAAUUACACUCAUUUAACUGAUACUAAUUCAACUACAUGAGCCCAGAUAAAAGGGAGAGAGAGAGAAAUAAAACCAUGUCAACCAUGUGGCAAUUCCAGCCACCACUCUGUCCGUGAACACAGGCUCCUGAGUAGAAUAUUUAACACAUAUUUUUUUUCUUCAGCAUCAGCUCUAACUGGAAACUCACCCACAGAAACCCCAAGAGCCCUACUCCCAAGGCCCACCUGGCAAUGUAGGAUUUUCCAGGAGGGCUCCUUGAGCAGUUCUGACCUCGCUGCCCACCUCCCACCCCUACCCACAGCUGAUUUGAGAACCUAACUCGGGGAAGAUUCGGUUUCUGCUCCUACCUUCGGAAUUUCACAGCGCACACGGGCAGACAGCACCCGAACAUAUCCACCACCUUCAUGGGUAGGUCCAGGCCGCUAGAGGACUUGUGUAGGCACACACCCAGGUCCGCAGACCCUGCGCGGUGGGGGCAAGAGGGCGCAGUCAGAGUGCAGGCCAUGCACCCCUUGAACAUAAAUCCUAAAAGGACUGUGGAGCGACACCUCAGGGGAGGAGGACAGAAAGCAGAUAAUAAUGCCCCCCAACCCCACAUACAACUGGCUGGAGGUGGCCAAGCAACCUGAUGAAGGCGAUGUACACAGCAGUGCUGCCCAACUGCCACUCCCAGCCACUCCACCUUGUUUGGAAACCACCUGCCUAUCAUGGAUAGUUUUAUUCAAACAGCCUCCCUUUGUCUACUUAACCAUAACGCAUCUUAAAAAAACUUGUAGGGGGAUCCCUGGGUGGCGCAGCGGUUUGGCGCCUGCCUUUGGCCCAGGGCGUGAUCCUGGAGACCCGGGAUCGAAUCCCACAUCGGGCUCCCGGU